AUGCAAGGAGAAAAUGCAAAUCAGGUGGGUUCUCCACAGCACAACUUAGGCCAGCAACAAGCAGCAUACACAAAUCAGGCGGGUUCUCCCCAGCAUAACCUGGUCCAGCAACAAGCAGCAAAUGCAAAUGCAAAUCAGGUGGGUUCUCCACAGCACAACUCAGGCCAGCAACAAGCAGCAAACGCAAAUCAGGCGGGUUCUCCCCAACAUAACCCAGGCCAGCAACAAGCAGCGAACGCAAAUCAGGUGGGUUCUCCACAGCACAACCUUGGGCAGCAACAAGCAGCAAAUGCAAAUCAGACGGGUUCUCCACAGCACAACCGGGGCCGCCCCCCAUUUUCUCGGGCACUUUAUCGCUUGAACAGUUUUCUCGGGGCUCACCACUCUCACGCUGCUAACAGAAACAAUCCUAGUGACAAUUUGCCGGCUGUUGCUCAGCUCGAAGGUGCUAAAAGAAAAUCCCUGGCAGCCUUCUUAGGCCUUACAUUGGAGAUAUGUGACAAACUGGAGAUCAGUCCAGAUGAUUUUGAUAAUGCACUUGCGCUCGUUCCUCUUUCCAUGGAUGACUUUAUGGAUAAACUGAAUCAUAUAAUAGAACAGUGCAAGGGCCACUCUUUUGAUAGCUUGGAAGGGAAGGGUCCCUCACUUGAGUAUCUGAUAAUAAUCAAGACAGUGACAAAGUUAUGUACAUGGAUGAUGCAACGCAAGCCAGACUGCAUCAGAGUAUUCCAGAACAAGAACACUAGCACAAAAUUGCAAGGUGCCUUGGAGGAUAUGAGAGACCUGGAACUAGGUAUGCUCCUUACCGGCAGUGCAGGGGACAUGGCUAAUUACCAAACCCUUUCAACCAUCGUGGGUGUUGCACGGCAGAUGAUGGAUGCUAAUGUGCAAGUUUAA